UGUUGCUACCUAAGUGUGGUUUAAACCAGAGUAUACCGAUGGAAUAAACCAUUAGUUCCUCCCACGUUACUGAUAAUGAAGAGCUGCAUUAUUUACUGACACAUCCACCGUAUGAGUCAAGUACCCAUGGUACUAUUUCUUGACUAUUGGAAGAAGCCGGGGAGCUGAGUACUAGUUGCAUUCCAAUUGUAAUACUCUCAAAGGAGUACACGUCUUUUCUCUUAACUUACAUUACUGUCAAACAAAAUUACUUGAUAUCGGCAUUUUGUUUAGGUUAUUGAAAUUCCCAAUGGCUCCCGGCGAGACGAACUACAGCAUAUACGAUACUAGUAUAUGCGCUCAUCGUUAGUGUUCAAUUCAAGUUCAGCGGCGUUGUAACAUCGUCCUGGAAUUCUGGCGCAGUAUCAAAAGAAAUCCUCCUGCCUGGCAAGAUAUUUUUCAUCUUCACUGUUUGUUCUCAGGUAUAACGAGUCAAUAUGUUAGGCUCUUGUCAGUAUCUAAAGGUAAAGAGUAUUUCUGAUAAACACCAGCGAGAGCAGUAUUGGUCUAUUAGUGGAAUAAUUAACGGCUGUAUAUCAAAAGAAUAAAACGGGAAAUAACUGGGAAGAAGGCAGAGAGCAGAAGCAUUCUAUGCAUUCAUGUACAAUCACCCCUGGCAGUUCCCAUGAAAAUAAGCAUUCCUUCAAAGCAUUCAACAGAAAGGAAAUGGAUUUAUUAUGGACUUUAUUAUAUAGAUAUGGUGACGGCAAUAUGUAAUUAUAUAUAAUGAGCGUCCAGCCAUUCUCCGCAGAUUACCAAGCAGUAUCAGAAAGUGAAGCUGCGAUGUCACCCGGGGCCAUGACAACAUCAUCAAACAUAGUACGACACGUAACGAGUGCGAACUCUCAAACAAGCCCAAAUGCAACUUCAUCCCUUAUCAAUAGAGGGAAUGGACAUAAGAGUCACGGUUCAACGAGUACCUCGAGUAAAUUCAAAAGUGCGGCCCAAGCUGCGAUCUCUGUUUUCGCCGUCAGGUCAAGGCUAUCUAAAGGCAGCGGAAAGAAGAAAGAACAUAACCCAAGUGAAGCUUGUCUGCAGCUCACAAAUGAACUGAAUCAACAAAUGGCCAGUCUUUGGAUAAUGAUGACGUCAUACAAUUUUCCAUUCUCGGAAGAAUAUGCCGAGGAUGUAAAGUGGGGCUGCUACAAAUGUACAGAAAUUUGCAGGCGUAUAAGACCUCUCAUCCUCGAUACAGUGCGCAGGCACAUAUUCCUGCAAAGUAAAGAUCUCCUUCAAAAGCUAACAAUGCUCUGCAAUUGUGUGACGUUCUUCCUUAAAGUACUUCAAAAAUAUGCUGACGUUACAUAUAGGGCGAACAUACUUCCUGGAAGAGAGGAAGUACAUGUAACGGUUACAACUCGAGACAAAUCGAAAGAGAAAUCGGGUACAGAAAAUCAGCUUCGAGAAAAGUAUGCAUCGUUUACUCAGGAUCAAGUAACGCAAGAUAUUCUAGAGAUCAUCCAGGUUAUACAUGAAAUGCAGGAGAUUAUACCAUGCGCGGAGAUGGAAGUGGAGAGUUUAGAUAUGGUUAACGGUGAUGCUCUGUUGGAAGAGUUCCAGGCCACGUCCAGGAAUCGGACCAGGCGAUCGACGACAAUACAGAAAAUACGACAAAAUCAACGAUUUCUUAUAUGCUGUAGUUGUAAGGAGCAGUUUCUGUGACGACUGCUGGGAGAAAGUCGUAACCAUAUACAAUAUACACUUAUUGCAUUACUGGUUAACUCUAUAAUUCUUGACGAGUUGUCACGUUUUGUUAAUAUGAUCGGAAUAGGAGAAGACCCCAUCCCCCUUGGUGAUUACUCAUAGACGAUCAGAGUGGUUGAGUUCAACGUAUUACUGGAGCGUUUUGCAAGUGACUAGCAAAGUUGUUUUUAUUUGAACAAUUAAUUUGUCCGAUCUGUCGCACAAAUGUAAAAGAAAAUAAAUAAAUGAAUAGAUAGAUA